AUGACCUCUCACAUCCAGGACACUCUUCAGCACCUUGAGCAAGCGCCGCUCACUCGGCCAGUGCUCCACACGUCCGGCCUCGUCGCCGUCAAGGGCCCCGACCUGGAGCUGGCACACAAGAACACGAGAGGCUGGCACGCCAUGAACUUCCUCCACCACUCUUACGUCGACCUCGGGUAUCUGGCGGAACACUCGCUUGAUGACCCCCCACACCGAACGCUGGACCGCAGCCACUUCUCGCAUGGGCUCGACCUCGCUGUCUUGCAGGACAUCGUCGCAGACAUCACGCCCAACAUGCUGCAGGCAGAGCCACACGCAGUGGUUCGCGCUGUGCUUGACCGGCUCGAUGUUUACGUUCCCGGAACUCCACCAAUCCAUUGGGGCCCCUCCGACAUCGUCGACGCACACAUCGGGACGCUAGUCAUUGUCUUUCCAACUCACCACAGCGGCGGGGCGCUGACAUUCACACGGGGGAACGGAAGCGGAGACUGUCUCCCCCGCGGGCGGCCUGGUCACUGGCGGUGCAAUGGCCCAUAUUGCGACCACAUCGACAGCGGGUAUCGUGUGACAAUGAGCUACAAGCUGUUUGCCGUCCAGCGGGGCGAGAGAGCGAUGUGCGGCCCUGGGCUCAGCUCCGCGGAAGACGAAAUGUCGCUCGCGAUGAGACGCCUCGCUGCCGCCCUCUUCCCCCCGAAUUCAGACGGCAUGCUCUGCUUUGGGCUGGUCCACGCCUAUCCAAUACCGUGCACGCCCACUGACGAGAGGUCGCUCCGCGACGUUGUGCCGCUGCUGCGGGGCGUGGACAAGCGCAUUGCGACGGCGGCCCGGGCGGCCGGCAUGGAGGUGCUCGUCCGGCUCGUGUACGAGGUCGAACCCGAAGAGCUGUUGGCAAAUGACGACGACUGCGCAACUGAGCUGUAUCACGUGGCGGUCGACCGCGUGCUUGCGAUGAGCGGCGUCGACCAUGACUUUGAGCCUGUGGACGGGCAGCGCGCUGCGUGGAGGAUUUUGUCGGCGGGCGAGAUCCUGUGCCCGGUCAGUGUGACGCCCCCGACGCUGAAGCGCAGCCGCUCGCGUCAGCCAAGCCGGUCCGACGAUUUCUCGAAGGUGCUGGAUGGCAAGCGGGCCACAUUUGUGGAUGCGCACUGGGUCACGCCACUCACGCAGAUCAACUGCGCCAAGUCGUCGUUUCUGUACGCGGAUAAUAAGCGCCCAGGGAUUAAGAAUCGGGAGGCAUAUGCAGCGUUGUUCGUGCAUAUCCCGCAUGCUGAAUCGGAGGAGAAGGAUGCGGAUGCUGUGCGUGAGCUGGCGGAACUGCGCAUGCGAAUUGACGCGGUGAAUUCGGAUGCGAGAGCGAUAGGAUACACACUCGACACGUUUGACGUGGGCGGCAAGAACCCGUUGCGCGCGCUGGCUGCCAUCGACGACACGAUGCGGGACUUGGGCGAGCUGCAGGCGGCACAUUAUGCCAUGCAGGAACGAGUGGUUGGGGAUGUUGGCGAGAAGGAGGUCCAGGACUGGAUAACGGAGCAGAGAGAGAGGGCAGAGACGGCGGGUGUGGUCGAGAACGGUGAAGGCAAAGCGGAUGGGGACAGGGAAGAAAAGCACCGAGAGGAGACUGUGGUGAAGGGGAAAGGGAAGGAAAAAGAGAACCCGAAGCCAAGCUGGAAAGAGAAAGAAGAGGCUCCAACCCCGGCAAAGGCCAAAGCGCCGGUGAAGGCGAAGCCUAAAAAGAAAGGCACAAGGGCCAACAUUACCAGGGAGGCGCUGAUGAAUACGGUUUUACCCCCGAAAAAGCCAACCAAGCUACGCCCUCGGGCCGAACCACCUAUACCCCCAACGCUCAGGCCACGCAAAGCGGGCGCCGUGGCCACACCUGUUGUGUCGCCGACGUCUGACACAGUAGCCCCACCACUACCGGAAGGGUUCGAUACGUGGACAGCGGUAUACGCGGUCCCACAAAUGCACGUGGUUGCGAAGGCACAGGCACGGGCAGACCUCAAGACAUGGCCCCAGGCCAGCAGCGGGCACGUAACGGUCCCGCUUGUCCCUUGCGCGCGGUGUUCCCAGCUAGACAUUCCAUGUCUCGUUGUCGACGCGCGGGGAAACAAAAGCUGCAUUGCGUGCCAUGACAAGACCAAGGGUGCCCAUGUCGUAUGCAUUGCGGGGGGGAAGGCCGCGAAGCUGCAUAAACUGGCUGAUGCUGUUGCGGACUUGCACAACUACGCCAUUGCGCGCGGGGAGCAGCCUGGCGUAUGGAUGGGCGAGGAUGAGCCGCCACUGGAGCUCCCAGAAACGGAGCCAGAGACAGCGCCAGUCAAAAUGGAACCUGCCGCAUCGCCCAAGAUAGACACUAAGCCCCGGCUACCAGCCCGGGCAGCCCCCACUACAGACACCCCACAGGCUACGACCUCACGGCUGCGUAAGCGGCCACAUGAAGAGGUAGACGACCCCGCCGACUCUGACUUCCCAUCCCCUCCCGCGGGCGUCAAGUCCUGGCCUGCACUCUAUGCUUCAGGCAGUAUGCCGAAGCUUGCAACGGCGGAGGCGCGUCCGGACCUCGGUGACGACCGGAUCAAAAUCGGCGUGACCAACUAUGGGUAUGUCGCUGUCGCGCCACGGCCCUGUCGACAGUGUGUUCAGCUCGAUGUUCCGUGCCUCCGGCUGCACGAUCCUGCCGCUGCACCGCGUGGAGGCAGUUGUGUUCUCUGCGCGAUAUAUCGGCCAUCGAGGCUGCUGGUAGAGGACUAUAAGCCGAUGUGCAGGGUGAUGGAGGACGCGGAGCCGCAUCAGUAUGCUGCGGCCGUUGCGAAGUACCAUAACUAUGCAGUGGGGAAAGGACGCCGGCCGGGGCGGUGGAUGGGCCCCGGGCAGCCGCCGUUUGAGGGCCAUUUGCCGACGCGGAAGUGGGGGAGGCCGUUCGAGCGCGCGAGGGUGUUUGCGGCCUAUGAAAAGGAGGAUGGGAAGGGUGAGGAGAAGGCCAAGGGGAAGGAGAAAGGCAAGGAAAAGGAGCCCGCGAGGAAAAAGGCGAAGCGUGUAUGUAAGUGGUGGAACGGUCCACCGUCCUUCAUCCCACCGUCGUCGAACCCACGCACCGGUUUAAACCAACCAAAACAAUGCUUCCAACUCUCCCUCUCUUUGCACUGCUCCUUCCUGCUGCCCUCGCUGGCGCUAGCGCUGUCCCCGGUGCCCGCACGAGAAGACCCCCAGCAAGGCCGUCGCGCCUUUGCCUUCCUGGGCCGUGCAGAUGAGACCGACCUCGCUCCGCCCCCUCCGGAGCAGACCGACCUCGCGCCGCCCGGCCCGCCUCCCGAAGACCCCCAGCAAGGCCGUCGCGCUGCCGUCGUGCGCAGGCAAGAGGAGGACCCCGGCCAGGGCGGCGAGGAGGACACGAACCCCGGUGAAGGCGAGGAGGACCCGAACCCAGGUGAAGGCGAAGAAGGCCCCGGGGGCCGCAAGGCGUAA